GCACUCCGCUAACAGGGCGUUUCAGGGAUAAUCGCCCCUGGCCCCCGGCAAGUUCACGCCGGUAUCUGUUGGCCAGUGGCAGGGACCCACUCGAGGUCCCGCCCUCGAGCGAUUGGAACUGGCGAGCCUCCCGCUUGCGGGUGCAGCCUCCAUUUGCACGCGUCGUACCCGCCAGUAGCGCGCUUGUGUUCUGGUAUUAUAAGCCUACAGCCUUCAUAUGGUUAUCAGCCUACAGUUUGUUGCCAGCCGUUUCUUGCCUUCGGUUACUGGACUUUUCUCGGCUGCGUUGACUCGAUUGACUACUCUGCGGCACCAAGCAUUAUGAGCGCCUACACGUGUACGGCUUUGUGGCCCCAACAUGGCUAAACGCAAACGUCGUCGCGUGGAAGCCACUGAAGCAGCCGGCAUCGGGGAACGCGUCAUCGCUCUCAGAGCCGCGGCCUUACCAGCAAACUGGAAAGGCAGCGAUGGCGAGCACCGGGCACGUAUUUUGGGUCUCACGUCGGCUGCGACCCCUCCGGCGGUGGUGCGGGCCAUCCUUGCCGCCCGGGCACGGUUCGCCCCCGGCGAACACGCCGCUUUGACCCGUAACCCCGAAGCCCCCGGUGUCAUAUACGCCGCCUUCUUCCUGCCCACCCGCCAUCAGCGACAACGACAACGACGACGUCAGCGCAGGGGUGCAGCAAUGAUGGAUGUGUACGUGGGACAAACCGUCCACUCCGCCCUUGCACGGUUACGCGAGCACAUCAACGCCACAGCCACGGAGCACGAAAGCGGCACUUCCAGCUCGCCGUUCCACCGUGCCGUCUGGCACUCGGAACUCGCCCGCCUGGUCGUCGUCCCCCUGGAGCGCGUGCCUCUCCCUACCAUCGCCGCACUGGCUGGUCUCCCAGCCGGCACCCCGCCACCCCCGCCACCCGCCCCCGACGCCGACCUCCCGUGCGCCGUCUGCCACCAGCCACAACCCGAGAACACCAUGCUGCUCUGCGACUACCCCGGGUGCAACGCCGCCUACCAUUGCGCAUGCCUGGACCCACCGCUGACGCGCCCGCCGCCCCCACGCCAGCCGUGGUGCUGCCCCACGCAUGCGUUAUGCCAGCCACCCGCCUUCGCCGCCAUCGCGGACCCGCUCGAAAUGGCUUGGAUUCAGCGGCUACAAAGCCUCCGCGCAGUGCACCGCGCCGGCUACAACGUGGCGUAUCGUGCGUAUGCACUCACCCAGCCGCCCAUCGCCCACCCCCAGCGACGCCCCAACCGUCGGUACGCCACGCGUGACAUGCGACGCCGAUUGCAAGCACUGCAACGGUUGUGGGCGCGUCCGACGGCCCACGACCCGUACCAACCCGGCCGGCAGCUCCCUGCCAACCACUUCGCCUCGUUCAACAACCACACGUUACAGCAACUCCAAGCAUACCUCACGUACUAUGCCCCCGCCACGUUACAGCUACGUGCGGACUGCGCGACUUGGCUCUGCGCCGCAGUCGGCCGCGCUAUCCACGACCGUCACCGCGACAUCCCCAUCCCCGACUUCACCCGCAAGUUGUGGCUCCCCGACAGCCUGCGCCACUACCUCCCGACCAGCGCCAUCUACGCCGUGCUUGACUCCGCCGCCGUGGCGGCCGCCCGCCCCUACGCCAACUUCCCCAACCCGCCGUUGCACUACACCAAGGGACUCACCGUGCAACAGCGGUUCUGCAACUACGCGGACUUAGCACGCACCCUCACCGCCGCCGACUGCCACCGCAUCCUUAAUACCCCGUGCCAGUGCUCCCGGUACCCUGGCCUCUGUGACGCUGGCUUGGGCGGACACGUCGCCACUACCAGCCCCGUCGGCCUGGUGUCCCAACCGCUCAUGGACCGCUUCGUCUACAAGGGCGGGCAUCACCGCGUGUACCGGCCGGCACCCCCCUCCGCCGCCGUCGCCGACCCCAACCUCGCCGCACCUGCCACCGCCGCCGCCGCCCCCACAGCCGCCGCCCCCACAGCCGCCGCCCCGACCGCCGCCGCCCCCAUCGCCAACCCCGUCGCCGCCGCCGCCUCCAACCCGGUCGCCCCCGCAGGUCCCGGUGAUCCAACCAGCCCUGUGCUCGCAUGCCUUGCAGCCCUGGGCGACCGGCGCCGCACCCGCGCCACGGCACGCACGCUUCCCAACGCCUCUGCACACGGCGCCGCCGCCCCGCCCGGCCCGACCGCCGCCGGCCUGGUCACCGCUGCUGCGCCACCGCCUCACGCCCCGCCGCUGCCAGCCGCCGCCGCCACUGCCGCGCCCCCAGCCGGUGGCGCCCCGGCCAACGUGGCCCACCACGAUGCCCACAGCCCUCCUCCGACUCCUGCCCAACCACCCCCCAUCGCGCAACCCUACUACGCCACCACCACCGUCGAGCAGAUGCACGCCUUCCUCACGCAGCAAAACACCACCCUGGCCAACGCUGGCAUCCACCACCUGCGGUACGAUACCACCAAGGACGCCGCUUACUACGCCGUGACCAUGAAGAUGCACAAGACGCCCCCGGGCCUGCGCUUCCUGGCGUGCUCACAUGAUUGCCCGGUCACCGCCAUCAGUGACGUCGUCACGGCCGGCCUGCGCACCCUCGCCGACGCUUUCCGCACCAUGUGGCAGGCCCACACAGGAUCAGACCCCUGGUUCUGCCUCCAUUCGGGCGCGGUCAUGGACUCCAUCUACGAGUUCAACGCCCAGCAACUUCCGCGCGCGCACGUCACCGCCCCGCAGGCCUUCGACUUCGCCCGCCUAUACACCAACAUCCCACACGACGACUUGGCCGCUACCAUGGCGUCCCUGAUCACGGCCACGCUCGCCCACGCCCAGUGUGCCGCCAUAUCCAUCACCGUCACCCCGCCCAAGACGCCCGAUGGCAAAAACAUGUACGAGGCCUCGCUCCUGACCGCCACGGAAGCGGAUGCCGUGCCGGCAUACCGGCGCGACCCCCUCACCGACAUCGCCAUCCACACGUUCUCGGAAGCCCAGUUUAUGGCCCUCUUCCACAGUCUGGUUCGCUCCACCUUCAUACGGUUCGGCACCUUCGCCCUGGUUCAGCAGACUUGCGGCAUCCCCAUGGGCAUCUCCGCCGCCCCCUUCAUUGCCAACCUCUUCCUUGCGUGGUAUGAGUACCGCUUCAUGACGCAGCCCACCACCACGGCGCGGCAGAAAGAAGUGGUGCGCGCGUUCAGCCUCACCAAGCGGUACCUGGAUGACCUGCUGGCCCUCAACAACCGCUUUAUCAGCCGCCUCCUCAGCGUGGACCAGCGCUACGCCGGCAUGCAUGGGCUGUACCCAACGUCUCUGCAGGUGGAACCGCAGUCGCACCCCCACCUGCAAACGCAGAUACCCGCCGGCACCACCGCGAUGCCCUUCCUGGACAUUUUGCUCAUUUUACGCACCACGCCUAGUGGCGACGCCCGGAUCACCACACGCUUGUACGACAAACGGGUGCAGCCCGUGUUUGAUGGAGUGCGCCUGUCUCGGUUUAUUGGGGCUGAUAGCAACGUCAAUGAGGCCAGCAAACGCAAUAUCUUCACCGGCCAGUUCCACCGGCUGCGGCGUGUCGUCAUGGAAGUGGAGAAUUUUGUGUUCGAAUCCGCCAACCUCAUUGCCGCCCUGACGCAGAUGGGCUACUCGCGGGCCCGCCUGAUACGGGACUGCGCGCGGGUACUGGAGGCCACACCACAGGCCUACUAUAUCCAACGACGGCAGCGCCAACACCCUGAGUACGCGGACCUCGUGGGCUUGAUCCGCCAGUACCUGGCACGGCGCCGCCACUUCGACAGCACAGCCGUCCCACUCGAGUUAACGCAGACGCAUCACUGGUGACACUUGCAGCUUUUCCUUACGCGUUCACUGUAUAUAUUGGUUUUCUGGUUUUUUUGGGUUUUUUGGUCUA